AUGGCCUCUGGGCCUCUGGAGCUGCUCGGCUUUUUCCUGGGCUUGAUUGGCCUACUGGGCACCCUGGUGACCACGGUGCUCCCCUACUGGGAGGUCUCGGUGGACAUCAAAUUUCCGGAGGCGUUGGAGACCAACAUGAACGGCCUGUGGAUGAAUUGCUUCAACAAGAUGAAUGGGGCCAUCAUGUGCCAUAUGCACAAGGCCUUCCUGAUGCUGCCCUACGAUGUCCAGGUUUCCCGGGUCCUCAUGUUGGGCUCCCUGGGGCUGUCCCUUGCGGGCCUGCUCGUCGCCGUGGUGGGCAUGCAGUGCACCGUCUGGCUGGAGAGAUCGCUGGUGCUCAAGAGACGCGUGGCAGGCGUGAGCGGGUGCUUCCUCCUGGUGGCCGGCAUCGCGUCGCUGGUGCCCGUCUCCAUGAGAGCCAACAACGUGAUCCGGAACUUCAACAUGGUCCACACCACAAUCAAGUACGUGCCGGGCAGCUGCCUCUACUUGGGCAUGACCUCGGCCGUGGUCUCCAUAAUCGGCGGCGGCAUGUUGGCCGUGUCCUUCUACGAGGGGCAAGAGUGCGGAGGACGCCGGGGCGCCUACACGUACAAGGGCGACGGCAGCGGCGAUAUUCCGUUGGCGGUGGCGCGGAACACCGGCACGCUGCAAAUGGGCGUGAACAGCAGGGGGCAGACGCUGGUUCGAAGUGGCACGGGGAGCUACGCGGGAGUCCACGGGAAAGCCGGAGGGUCAGCGUAUGACGUCACCCGUUAUGUGUGA